UUUAGUAUUUCCCACACCUACUGAGAGGGCAGUGGUGAAACCUACAGCGCAGCUAUAGGGGGGUUUGCAAAGGAGGCGGACCUAAAGCGACCCCCACAGAUGGUUUUUACAAUGCCCGUCCGUUCCUCUAAGAACAUUUUAGUAUCCGCUGGUUUUAGAGAGCGACGGUACGAAUGUAAGUAAUAAAAAAAAGCCCACAAUUGAAGAUAGUAUCACAUUGAUUGAGGACAAAAAAGAAGGAGAAAACACGUAAGGAGAAUCACCAGAGAUCAUCAGGUUUAUUCCCACUCACCAGAGGAAUUAACUCGAGAGCUUUGUGACAAGAAUCUUUGAUAUUCAAAUAUUAAGUGACUUCUAAGCAUCAUCGUCAUUGAAUACAUACACGCCAAAAAAGAUACUGUUACAACUUGGAUGAUGGAACCUGCUCAGUCAGAGAUGAACAUCUUAUCCAAUGGGAAAAGUCAUGACCUCGGAGAUGACAUGGGUAUGCCAAUGAAGACGAUGCUGGACGAGGAUCAAAAUGGCACGCAGACAGUCAGAUUUGACGAUCCUGAUGGGGGACUGGAGAAUGAGGAGUUUUUGCCCAGUGCAGAUGGAAAGAAGCCAAUACGCUUCACAGAUUUUGAAGGAAAGACCUCUUUUGGCAUGUCUGUCUUCAACCUGGGUAAUGCUAUUAUGGGAAGUGGAAUCCUGGGAUUGGCCUAUGCCAUGGCCAACACUGGUGUGCUCCUCUUCUUGUUUCUGCUGACCGCAGUAGCAGCCUUGUCUUCUUACUCCAUUCAUCUGCUGCUCAAAUCCUCUGGCAUUGUGGGAAUUCGAGCUUAUGAACAGCUGGGCUACAGGGCCUUUGGCACUCCUGGAAAAAUGGCUGCUGGUAUAGCAAUCACUCUGCAGAACAUUGGAGCUAUGUCCAGCUACUUGUACAUUGUUAAAUCUGAGCUGCCGCUCGUCAUCCAAGCUUUCCUGAAGGCAGAUCCCAACUCUGAUCUGUGGUACUUGAAUGGAAACUACCUGGUCAUCAUGGUCUCUGCCAGUAUCAUCCUGCCCCUUGCUUUAAUGAAACAGCUCGGUUACCUUGGCUAUACCAGUGGAUUUUCUCUCAGCUGCAUGGUGUUUUUUCUCAGUGCUGUUAUCUAUAAGAAGUUUCAGAUUCCUUGUCCAUUUGAGGAGUUCUCAGCCAACAGCACUGCUGCCCACCUCAGCCUGAAUGUCUCAAGCCACGGCCACGAGUACAAUAACGGUGUGGUUCAUGAGGACGAGGACGCUCACUGCAUUACACGCAUGUUCACUAUCAACUCACAGACGGCAUACACCAUUCCCAUCUUGGCUUUCGCCUUUGUUUGUCACCCUGAAGUCCUCCCUAUCUACACUGAGCUCCGAAAUCCCACGAAGAAGAGGAUGCAGCAGGUGUCCAACAUCUCUAUCUUUGUCAUGUACACCAUGUACUUUCUGGCAGCUCUUUUUGGCUAUCUGACUUUCAAAGACAAUGUGGAGCCAGAGUUGCUGCACACUUACAGCCGAAUUGACCCUUACGACACUUUGAUCCUGUGCGUGCGAGUGGCUGUCCUCACAGCUGUAACACUGACUGUCCCCAUUGUGUUGUUCCCUGUACGUAGAGCCAUCCAGCAGAUGUUGUUCCCCACCAAGUCUUUCAACUGGUUGCGCCACACUGCCAUUGCUCUCAUUCUCCUCACCUUCAUCAACAUGCUGGUGAUAUUUGCCCCCAACAUUCUGGGAAUCUUUGGCAUUAUUGGUGCCACAUCGGCUCCCUGCCUCAUUUUCAUCUUCCCUGCUGUCUUUUACAUCCGCAUUGUUCCUAAAGAGGACGAACCCAUGAACUCUACUCCUAAGAUACUGGCUGCCUGUUUUGCUGCUUUGGGUGUCUCCUUCAUGGUAAUGAGUUUGAGCUUCAUAUUCAUCGACUGGACAACAGGGGGCGGUCAUGCUGCAGGAGGCCACUAGAUGCUGCUUCAGUGUGUGUGUGUGUGUGUGUGUGUGUGUGUGUGCAUGUAUGUGAGAGCGUUGGAAAGGGGGGAAACAAACUGGCCAAUGUGAGGGGAGCACUAUCACUAUCAGUGGGAACACACUACAGGGCUGCCCAGAACAGAAACUGGGGUUUGUAACAGUAUAAAAUAUUCAGUAUAGUAUGUCGGUUGGAAUAACAGUGAUAUUAAUCAAGUUAAAUUAACUUUUUUUGACUGUAACUUAACACGUAUCUGAACAAAAUCAUUUCAUAAUAACGUUCUAUAAUUUUAAGUUUAACAUAGUGCAAUAGUUAUGCAAUUUUUAUGAAUAAUCAGGACUGAACAGGGUUUGUGAGUCCGUCCAUGAUGGUGAAAUGGUCCUUUAUAUUGUUUCUUCCUCCUUAUUUACACACAAGCAACAGCAGCUGGUACUGUACAGAAAAAGAAGGCAUGAAUGUCUACUAGGCUAAAGAGAGGAAGGCACCAAGAUAUACAUGAGAGAUGGUUAAAUAACUAAAACAUAAAUUAUUUUUUCACAAAUUAUUAUUUUCCACAAAACGCACAAAAGAGGACAGUCAGAUGAUUUCAUCCUGUACCAGCAGCACUCUGAACUGUUUCUCACAUUGUAAUAUAACUACAAAAAAAAAAAAAAAAACGUAAGGCCUUAAAAAUGCAGGUGACUUUUCAUGAUCUGUCAACUGCCAGAGUUUUUAUGUAGUUUAUCUUACAGUCUAAGCUUUUGUUCCAGAUCAGCUAACGUUCUACAGAAACCCCGGUGCCUUUCAGCGUUUGGAACAGCACACAAACAGUAAAGACAGGAGUAUAUAUUUAUUUAGCUGUUAUAUCUGUUUUUAAUUUCAAAAUAUUUAUCGAGUUUAUAUGAUGAAGUUAAUGAUCCAAAUACAUUAUCAGGUUUUUGAUUAAGCUUACAGUAUGUAGUCGACGGAAGGUGUUGUGACUGAUGAUAUUUUUAAAGGACCAGUGUGUAAGAUUUAGUGACAUCUAGUGGUGAAGUUGCAGAUUGUGUCUAAUUGAAUCCUGCAAAAAGCCCCAUUUAGAGCCAGUGUUUGGAUUGUCUGUUCAGGGCUGCUAUAGAAACACGAUAGUCGAUGUUGUUGAAUGAUGGUUAUUUUCACAUGAUUAUUAUUCAUGAUCAUAUUCUGCCAAUAGAUUAUCCUGAAUCUUACCCUCUGCACCUUUAAAUACCUUAAACACAAUGCUUGAUUAGGAUUUCAAACCUCGCUUUGUAAAAAAUUUUAGCACCUAAUAUUAGUCAAACUGUGACCUUGAAUAUAAACCAAGUACAGCUUAAGUUAAUCCUUACAGUUCACCUUUGGGCUUCAAUCAUUAAUCUCUUAAACUCUUGAUCCCCCUUUAAACUUUAAACUUUUAUAAAUUCAGCAAUUAUUUUUUCUACACCAUAAUAUCACAUAUCUUGUAUCUAGGUAUUUUAACACUUUAUUGAUGUUUAUGAUGGAAAAAAAAUGUUUUUGAACUCUUUUCUGCUCUGGAAACUUAAAUGAAAGGAAUAGUUUGACAUUUUGAAUUGAGAAAUACCUGUAUUCACUGUCUUGCCAAGCAUUAGAUGAGAAGGUUGAUACCAUAUGUGUAACUCAUAUGUGUAUGUGAUGAACAACUCUAGACAUUUAGCUUAGUUUAGCUUAGCAUAAAGACUAAAAGCAGGGGGGGAAACAGCCCAAAGGUUAAAAUAUCUGCCUACCAGCACCUCUAAAGCUCACUAAUUUACACUUUCUUUCUCAUUUUAUAAAAUCCAUCGUCUCACAACCAGCAGACUUCACUCUUCUUGAGUAAGUGAGAAAAUAUGGUGUCUAACCACACAUACAGUUUUGGUUGUCCAGGUUUAGAAAUAUAUUAUAUGGACAAUAUGGACACCAAAGCAAUGUGCGCAUCUCAAAACAUAAUAAAACAAUAAAACAAAGGGUACAUUAGGUAUAUAUAUUUUUUUAAAUUUGGGUGGAGCCACCUGAGCUCUGUGCAUUUGAACAAUGCCUACAUGAAAUUUGUGAAGAUGAACCUGCUGGUGGGUCUGGUAGAGUUUAACAAGUUAAUUUUUUUUAUCAAUUUGAAGAUGUAUUAUGCUUUUUUUGAUUCUGUCGUAAUGUAUUUGCUGUACUGGUUUGUAGUAUUUCGAUCUGCUUUCACCCGUGUUAAGUAUUUAGACUUGACUUAAUGUUUUGCAUGCCAUUAUGUCCCACAUGUCCUGUAGUCGGUAUAGUUAACUGCACAAUAACGGAGAAUUUCCUGCUUACACCGUCAUAAAUGUUAUUAAUUUGGCAUCUUAAAGUGAAGUGUAUUGAAGUCCCAUUCUGUGCUAUAGUCAUUAUAGUGUUAUAUUAGUAUUAUGAAGCCUUUCUUAGAAAAUUCUACAUGGAAUAAUAAUUUGUGUCUCUUAGUGAUGAUGCAUUUGUUUCAAGCUUAAUUUUUGGGAUGUCAAUGGAUACUCGAGUAGUUCUUCAGGUGAAUUUUGCAUCCCACUAUAGCACUAACAACCUGCAAGGAGCAUUUUUAAUAUAUAUAAAUAUAUAUCACAAAUUAACAAGCUUAAACACAGCACAAUAUACAUGAAUACUUGCUGCUCUUAUACCCAAAGAUGGUUUUAUAUUGUAUCGCCACUCUCAGGCUUCGGAAAAGUCCUGAGUAAAUCUUCUCUCAUCUUAUUUAUACAUUACUCUAUUUUGUGUUUGUUUAGCAGUUUUGAUUCCUGAUUUUUACAGAUAAAUUAUGAACAACAGCAGAGGAAAUAUUGAGUGCACAUAUUCACCUCUGUCCCUUGCUUUUCUACAUGUAUUUGCAGUGGUUAUUGUGGUGUAAAUGAAGGUUUAGUUUAGUUUUGUCAUAUUUAGUGAACAGAGUAUUUCUUCACUUUAAGGGAUCAUGCCAAAAUAACAACUGACUACCUACUGCUUUGAAAUGCCUUUAGCUUUUAAACAGGUACCACAGUUUUAAUUAAUACCAGAUACGUAUAUCAAAUAUGCAUUUUUAAUGUAUCUAAAGAAAUCUAUGUGAUAUUUUAUUAUAGCUGUUGUUCAGACACAAAUCUAUGGACACGACACAACUAUAAAACUAUAAUAAGAUAUAUGAAUUUUGGUGAAUAAGACGUGGCUUUAUAUAAAUAAUGUAUAUAAAUGUAAACCUUUUAUAUUUGUGAUGCAUAUUUACAGUAGCUUAUAAAGUGUAAAUAGCAGGGACAGUUUUAGUUUGGCAAUAAAAUAAUUGUAGAUGUUUUUA